AUGGUCGGCGACCUGCCUACCACGGUGUUGACGGGUAACGGGGAAUCAGGGUUCGAUUCCGGAGAGGGAGCCUGCGAAACGGCUACCACCUCCAAGGAGGGCAGCAGGCGCGCAACUUACCCAAUCCCGACACGGGGAGGUAGUGACGAAAAAUAA